CCUUGGUCAGCUCCGCCUGCUUGGGGCGCUCUCAGGUGCGAGCUCGCGCCUGGGACGUUCGAAGGAUGCACAAUGGCCCUUCGGGGCAGUGAGGGGCCGUGGUCCCCCAGCCGGACCCACCGCAGCCACGCCCCGCAGCUGGCGCCCCAGGGUCCGAGUGCAGCGCUGCCUCCGGCGUCGGCGGGAGCCCCGGUCUGACCCGCGGGGACUUGCCCGCGCCCCGCGCCCCGAUGGGCCUAUGCUACAGCCUGCGGCCGCUGCUCUUCGGGAGCCCAGAGGACACCCCGUGUGCGGCCUCGGAACCCUGCGCAGAGGAUGCUCAGCCCAGCGCCGCCCCGGCCCCUGCCUCGAUCCCAGCCCCGGCUCCCGUAGGGACCCUGCUCCGGCGUGGCGGCGGCCGGAUCGUCGCGAACGCGCGGCCGCCAGGCGAGCUGCAGAGCCGCCGGCGACAGGAGCAGCUACGAGCCGAGGAGCGCGAGGCGGCUAAAGAGGCGAGGAAAGUCAGCCGGGGCAUCGACCGCAUGCUGCGCGAGCAGAAGCGGGACCUGCAGCAGACGCACCGGCUCCUGCUGCUGGGGGCUGGUGAGUCCGGGAAAAGCACUAUCGUCAAACAGAUGAGGAUCCUGCACGUCAAUGGCUUCAACCCCGAGGAAAAGAAGCAGAAAAUUCUGGACAUCAGGAAAAAUGUCAAAGAUGCGAUCGUGACAAUCGUUUCAGCAAUGAGUACUAUCAUACCUCCAGUUCCACUGGCCAACCCUGAGAACCAGUUCCGGUCAGAUUAUAUCAAGAGCAUAGCCCCUAUCACUGACUUUGAAUAUUCCCAGGAGUUCUUUGACCAUGUGAAGAAGCUGUGGGACGAUGAAGGAGUGAAGGCCUGCUUUGAGAGAUCCAACGAGUACCAGCUGAUCGACUGUGCACAAUACUUCCUGGAAAGGAUUGACAGUGUCAGUCUGGUUGACUACACACCCACAGACCAGGACCUGCUCAGAUGCAGAGUGCUGACAUCAGGAAUCUUUGAGACACGAUUCCAAGUGGACAAAGUGAACUUUCACAUGUUUGAUGUUGGAGGCCAGAGAGAUGAGAGAAGAAAAUGGAUCCAGUGUUUUAAUGAUGUCACUGCGAUCAUUUACGUGGCGGCCUGUAGUAGCUACAACAUGGUGAUCCGGGAAGAUAACAAUACCAACAGACUUCGGGAAUCACUGGACCUGUUUGAAAGCAUCUGGAAUAACAGGUGGUUGCGAACCAUUUCUAUCAUCCUAUUCUUGAACAAACAAGACAUGCUGGCAGAAAAAGUCUUGGCAGGGAAGUCAAAAAUCGAAGACUAUUUCCCGGAGUAUGCCAAUUAUACUGUCCCUGAAGAUGCAACACCAGAUGCGGGAGAAGAUCCCAAAGUUACAAGAGCAAAGUUCUUUAUCCGGGAUCUGUUCUUGAGGAUCAGCACAGCCACGGGUGAUGGCAAACAUUACUGCUACCCUCACUUCACCUGCGCCGUGGACACAGAGAACAUCCGCAGAGUGUUCAACGAUUGCCGUGACAUCAUCCAGAGAAUGCAUCUCAAGCAGUACGAACUCUUGUGAGGGCUACCUACCCCUCCUCCCCCUAAACCUACCCCUCCUCCUCCUCCUCACUGCUGCCUCUUCUCCCUCUUGGCCACCCCAUGAGGCAGCAUAUCUCCCUAGCCUGCGUGUCUGUCCACCCUGAGCCAUGGUAGGGCGUAGUGAGUGUCUAGUGUCAUCAGGCUGCCGUCUGUCCUGUCCUAGGUAUGCCUACAUGUAACCACCAAGCCUCUGGCUACCUCUGUUCCCCAAGGUUUGGUUCUGUGACUUUGUUUUCACCGGACUAAACAGCCCCCCCACCACCAAUUUGUAUCACUGCGAAGCCACCAACUCUCACUUGGGUGACACUGCAGUGGAUUUUUUUCGGGGUGGGAAUCUAUUUAUGCUUUGAUUGAUUGGUUGAUGGGUCGAAUCAUCAGAGACAGCUUAGUGAAUGGGGGAGUUACAUUGUUUUCAAGUUAUCAAGCAUGAUCACAAAAUCGUCCAGACAGUGCCAUGCACUUGAUUCUUCCCUUUAUAAAACGUCAGGCUACCAGGUGUCUGCCCCUCCUGGUCUGCAUUGGCCCAAGGCUUAGAAUAGAUCCAAGUCAGCAACAGAAUAAGAGGAACUUUUUCAGCCACAGUUGCAAUGGCUGUAAGCCUUGGGCAUUUGGAGAGAGCUUCUGGGAGCCUUUUACACUUGGGCAGAAAACCUGCCACAUUCACUACUGCAAAUGGUGUCCUGUUUAUAAACAAGGGGUCCUCUACACCUUUACAAUAGCAUAGUCAUUCCUAUCUUCUUUCUGUUGUUGCUUUAACCAGACUGUAGAGACCCCAAGAUGUAAUACUCUUUUCUAUGGCUACUCAAGAAUCCUCCUUGUAGAGUUCUGUGCCUUGGUGGCGGCCACACCUGUAAGGAAACAUAUCCCAACUGUGUCUAGCAGUUUGCAGUCCACACUGCCUGCUGCUUCACAGUGGGAAAUCGAUAGUGUCUAUUCCUCUUAGGGUAUUUUUAUCAGGUUAGUACUUAGGGAAGACUCGUUGAUUUUAGAAUCGUCCACUUUACCAGCGGUAUCAUCCGAACACUGAAAACUAUCACAGCUACCUGCUUUUACUACCCCAAACCUCAGCUGCUGCAAACACUGGAAUGACCCACUUCCAAGGCAUAAAUUACAACCAGUUCUGUUUUCAGGGUACUAAGGGCCCCCCCCCCAUAUGAAAUGUUUCUGAUGAUCCCUUCAAGUUCUGUAGGCAGGAGCAGGCCAGCAAUCCCUUCAUUAAGUUCUACACACAGUCCACCAAACAAAAAGCCAGUGGUCAGAGGAACGCACAGUGGUGUCGAUGUUGUAUAUGACUGAGGACAAUAAGAUGGUGUCUUCUGAAGAGGAAAUACUACAAAGCUGCUUAUUCAUUAUCUGUCUCUCUAUCUGCAUUGCUAGGGAUGAGCCCAGCACCUAGAGCAUGCUAGAUGAGCGCUCGACUGCCAGUCCAUAUCCCAGUCAUAACUCCAGCCCCCCCACAAAAACCUUUAAAUAUAAAGACAAAAUAAAUGGCUGUUCCUCACAUAUGUAAGACCUGCAAAUGCAACCUCGAGUUACUGUAGGACACCUAGACACAGCUCACUCUGUCUAAGUUCCGAGGCUUUGGGGGGUCAUUCUUAGGCUUAAGUUAUCUGUAAAGCUGUCCAAAGUUAAGUUUUUAACAGUACAAAUAGGGGGGAGUGACAGCCUGCAUUGCUCAAUCAUCUCUUACCGUUACUUCAAGUUUAUUCUAAAAACUGGCAUUGUAGAAUGCUCUAAAAACUCAUCCUGGCUGAGAUGCUCAUCCAUGAAAGGAUACAACACAUUCUUCAACUCCUCAUCACUGUCUUCUUGUGCCAUUCACUACCAUGGCACAAAACUUCCAUCUGAAGCCAGGCAAUGAGGACACACGCCUUUAAUCCCAGCACUCGGGAGGCAGAGGCAGGCGGAUCUCUGAGUUCGAGGCCAGCCUGGUCUACAGAGUGAGUUCCAGGACAACUAGGGCUGCACAGAGAAACCCUGUCUCAAACAAAACAAACAAACAAACUUCCAUCUGUACCAACACAUGAUAUGAGAGUGACUUUCAGUUCUCCUGCACUCUUAAAGCAAAGCAAGAAGAAAAACUUGUGUUCACACACACACACACACACACACACACACACACACACACGUGAGGUUUUUUUAUACUAUAGUUUGCAUUACUACCCAGCAGUUCCCUGCUCACUAAAUGACUAUUGAAAAGUUUUGUUGGGACUGACAAAGCACAUGCUUAGCAUGCAUAAAACCUGAGCUCAAUCAAAAGAAAAGAAAUAUAAAUAAAGUUAAGUCAUUAGAAAAGAUCCAAACUCCUUAAGUAAGAAAAAGAAUAUGCUUUAUCUGACAGAAUUAUUACAUCAUUUGUUCUUAAAUUCAACCAUCCAUGUUGAAGUUUUAGUCAUGAGCAGACAUUGAGUUCAGAUGCGAUAACAUGGUCUCCCGGAAAGAAAAUUACACGUACCUAAAAAUCCAAUUGCAUUAGCACAGAAACACAAAAGCCUUUAGUCCUACUCAUUGAAUCUGUACUUUUGAGCAUAUAGCUUCAUAAUCUGCAAGAAACUGAGAGCCACUUCACAGAAGUACAGAGAAGCCCCAAUGUUUAGGAGCACACAUAGCCUCGAGUGUGCACCAAAGCUGCUGGGUCCUUCCUGUGGAAGAAAGGACUGUGUGUCAUGCAUGCGAGUGGUAGUGUCCAUGACAUUUACAUUCCAUACCUAUGGAACCUUUGAUUAUACAUACGUUUCAUUAAAUGAAAAGAUGAAUUUGUUGCAGAGAACAUGUUCCAUUUUUAUAGCAUGAGAACAGUACAGUCAACCAUUUAUUCCGUAGUCACGUUGAAGAUUCAGAAUCCCCACCAUGUACAUAGGAACAACCAGCAUUUGCUCUCCUCCGGGACUUGCAGGACCCUCGCUGGAAGUCCUAUAGGUCUUUGGCUUUGAUUCGUAUCACCAUACACAACAGUCACCGGCUCUUCAUCUCCUCAUGUGCAACCUGCACAGUUUCCAGCCACACAGAAAAGGCGAGGGCAGAUGCUCAAAGUGAACUAAGAUGAGGAUCAUGAGGAAGCCAGCCGCUGCACCGUACAUGGUCAGCACCGUGUCCUCAAACGGGAGGUAGCACUUGGACAGAGCGUAAUCUCUGGAUGUCAGGCUGCCCUGGGGGGAGAAACGGAAAGUUUAUGCUGCAGGGUAAGUCUCAGGCAUAAGUCUGACCUAGAAGCUGUCUUCUAGGUUCCCUCAUGUGGGUCUGGGAGGGAAGAGACCUCUUUACCCACGACCAAGAGGCUUCAAGCAUGACAUGCCAACACUGACCACACAGGUACUGACAAAAGAAAGAAGCCAAAGAUAUGCUGACUUGUAUGCUGACACACCCCUCCCCUCCAUUAAAAUGCAUUCCACACACAGUAGGGCAGCCCCAGAGGGAGACCUAGAAGCAUCAGAGGAAUGAGAGGAUGAGCAAUGAGCGUUUCCCUGCCACUGGAUAGCAGAGCAGUCUCCCUGUUGCCCAGAAGUGCCUCUGCACCUCCGUAGGCUUUUCACUGUAGGCAGUGUGGGACCAAGGUAGCAAAUGUUUUCACCUACUUGAACUUGAAAGCACAAAGGGUCCCCACCUUUUUAUAGCCAGGCCUAUGAAACAGUAGCCUAAGACUGGGUGCCAGAACCCAUGGUAACAAAGAUGGUGUUUCACCGAGUCACCACCUUUCACAGACUUGGAGAUUCUGCACUACCAUGUGCCUGGCACAUUUAGACAAUAAGAGAUGACCAAGUCUGCUAUUGAGUAGACAACUGUUUCCCUCGAAACAGACUGGCACUUGCUGGACUCCACCUCUGCUCCUCAGAGUCUCAGCCCUGAAGCCACAUUCUGCCUAUUUGUCCCCAGACAGACGACUAGAGACAGGUGGUGCAUCCACCCAGAGUGCAAAGAGGGCAAUUUAUUUCUGGCUUUUGUGUGUUUUUACAGAUUGCAGCCAUUAAGUAGUUGAUUACUGUGUUGAUUUCAAUACUCAAGAAAGCUUUCAGAUAAAAUAAUAAUAAUAAUAAAGGUUUACGUUACCAUGAUGAAA